AUGGUCAUCAUGAAAGCCUUGGCUACCGCUGCCCUUGGUACGUUCUUCGCGUCAACCUCUUCAAGCGCGUUCACUAACACGUCGCCAGUGGCCGGCUCAACAGCACAAUUCGCACAGUUCUCAGGAAGCAACUAUGCGAUCUCGGUCAAUGUCCCGUCGGACACGGCUUCCUCUGGUAGUGGCUCGAUCUAUCUCCAGAUCAGCGCUCCGAGCGGGACACAAUGGGUCGGCUUCGGGCAAGGAUCUCAGAUGGCUGGCGCCAACAUGUUCGUCGUCUAUGCUGCCGACAGCAACAAUGUGACGGUGUCUCCGAGACUGGGCACUGGUCAGGUCCAACCAAGAGUGAACAGCGAUGCCCAGGUGUCGGUUCUCGAGGGAACCGGUAUCACUUCAAGCGGCGCCAUGGUCGCCAACAUUCGAUGUGACUCAUGCUUGAGCUGGAAUGGUGGCAGUAUGGACCCUACAGAUUCAUCGAGCUCCUGGAUCUGGGCCUACAAGACUGGCGAUGCGCUUGACUCGACCAGCGUCAGCGAAUCCAUCUCCCAGCACGAUACCGAGGGGGCCUUCAGCCUCGACCUGACAACUGGGACUGGAGGCAGCUCACCGAACCCCUUCGCCGCCGCUUCAGGUACCACUGACAGUUCCUCCUCAGCGGCUCCGUCAGGCACGUCAGGCCCUUCGCAGACUGCAGCUGCCUCCGGAGCUGCUUCUGAGACUGCCACAGCGACCACCACCAGCGCUGGUUCAGCAUCCACAGGAGGCGUCUCCAAUCCCUUGGUAGGCACCGACCCGUCCAACGCCGGCACAAGCACAAGCGUCACCGACCCUAACAAAUCCACUCGAAUCGCGCACGCAACCAUCAUGUCUUUGACCUUUGUGCUCUUGUUCCCCUUGUCCUCGUUGACCAUCUAUCUCGGUUACCGCGAGAAGGUCAGACACAUCCACGGUCCGCUUCAAGCGGUGAGCAUCAUCCUGAUGCUCGUCGGACUCGGCUUGGGCGUGAAGCUAGCCGAUAAACUCGAUGAAAUCGACGAGUACCAUCAAGUCAUCGGCUUCGUUCUGGUGGCUUGGAUGGUCUUCUUCCAGCCGGUGUUGGGAUUGCUCCAACAUCUGCACUUCCGCAAGAAUGGUACCCGUAGCCCCAUGGGUCAUGGCCAUCGCUGGGCCGGCCGGGCUUUCAUCCUGCUCGGGAUCGUCAACGGGGGUCUUGGCUUCAAGCAAUCGGGGAAGGUUGGCAGCACCAACGUACCGACUUAUUCGGUCGUCGUGUACAGCGUCUUUGCCGUGGUCAUCUUCUUGAUCUACAUUGCCGUGGUCAUCCUCGGGCCAAGAAUGUCGGCACGAAACGGCUCGAAUGCAGGCCCAGGCGAGAAGCCUCGUCCCAGAAGCCAAGGGUACGAGAUGCACAAUCGCUCCGCCGAUGGCCGCGGUUUUAUCUAG